UAAAGGCAAAAAAGCAAAACACUCUCAAGAAAGAAAAUGGCAGUCAUAAGAGUUUGGAAUGCUAUGGAAAUUCUAUGAUGCCAUGAGUCUCAGAUGACCCCUGUUAUCCUCAGUUAAUGCCCGUUGGGCACCUCAGUGACUUUACUUUGUGGAAAGAACAGCAAGGCAAACAACUGUUUCCUUGUCCCAUCCUGAGAUUUGUUUUUGGAAUCUUUGUAAACAGCCCUGCUAGCUCCUUGUAUGGUGGGAAGCAGAGAGGAGGAAGUUAUCUGCUCAGAGUCACACAGUGAGUCAUAGGUGAGAACCCAGAAAGGCUGCCUCGCUGUCCCCCUUCUCCCGUUCCUGCCCAGCUCUUCUAGCUAUUUGCUGACCCUUCAUGGAAACCCCAGGUUGCUCUUCCAUGCCAUUGAAAAACCAGGAAUCAAAUGUCAGGGAUCUGUCAUCCUCUAAGAGAGCGUAUUAGCGUGAAAUAUCAGAAAAUGCCAUUUGCUCUGUUGGCUGUAUGUGGACCUGCUUGGCAUGUAUUCCCUCUUAGCCAGUUGGGCGCCCCGGGCUGCCAGGACCCCCGUUAGAGCCCCAUCUGGAGGCGCCCCAGCAUCUUCCAGUGCUCAAGCACCUACCCAGCUCCGGAGGGGCCGAUGAGCCCAGUGACUUGGAGGAGCUGGAGAAGUUUGCCAAGACCUUCAAGCAGAGGCGCAUCAAGCUGGGCUUCACGCAGGAUGGUGGGGGACGUGGACAAAGAAGAGAAGAAGCCUGUCUCGGGUUCCUCCCUCCCAAUACCCAUGUGCAGGGAGAUGUGGGGCUGGCAAUGGGAAAGCUGUACGGCAACGACUUCAGUCAGACGACCAUCUCGCGAUUUGAGGCCCUCAAUCUGAGCUUCAAGAACAUGUGCAAGCUCAAGCCACUGCUGGAGAAAUGGCUGAAUGAUGCAGAAUCCUCUCCCUCCGACCCCUCAGUGAGCACCGCCAGCUCUUACCCAACCCUCAGUGAAGUGUUUGGUAGGAAGAGGAAGAAAAGGACCAGCAUCGAGACCAAUAUCCGCCUGACCCUGGAGAAGAGAUUUCAAGAUAACCCCAAACCCAGCUCAGAGGAGAUCUCCAUGAUUGCAGAGCAGCUGUCCAUGGAGAAGGAGGUGGUGAGGGUCUGGUUCUGCAACCGGCGUCAAAAAGAGAAGCGAAUCAACUGCCCUGUGGCCACACCCAUCAAAUCACCCAUCUACAAUUCCCGGCUGGUCUCUCCCUCCGGGUCUCUGGGCCCCCUCUCUGUCCCUCCUGUCCACAGCACCAUGCCUGGAACAGUAACGUCAUCCUGUUCCCCUGGGAACAACAGCAGGCCUUCGUCUCCUGGCUCAGGACUCCACACCAGCAGCCCCACUGCAUCUCAAAAUAACUCCAAAGCAGCAGUGAACUCCUCCCCCAGUUUUAACUCUUCAGGAUCUUGGUACCGAUGGAAUCAUCCCACCUACCUCCACUGAGACCAAAAUGUUUCUCCUAUUCUACCUGGCCUGGUAUUACCCACUGGAAGGAAGUAAAUCAUGCCCUCUCCGUAUGGACCGAUUACUUUUGGAAGAGGGGCAGAGAAUCACCACUCUCAAUGGACCCCAACUCCCCUUCAUCCUGAGCAAGGGCCUCUGGAGAUCCAGUCUGUGGCUGAACCAUGUGCUGACUCCCAGCGCUCUUGAAAUGCACCCCCCACCCAGGAGUUUACCAACUUUCCUGUGCCCUCUAGGACUUCUUGCCAUCACCUUCCAACUCAUCUGUGGGCUGCCUGAUGUGCCAAACGACCGGACGGGGAGAUGAUGGUUUGCGCUCUGAACUUAGCCACAACCUCAGAACUGAUUCUAAAACCUGUGAAAUGAUUUGAAUCUGAUGUCUCCCACAAAGCCUUGACGGUUUCUCUGUUCAGCCAAGUUUUCUGACCACAUAGUUCCGUCACUCCUUUUUCCUCUUGAGCCUCACCCGGUUUUCCAGACCCAGAUCCAUUCCUGUGUUCUCCAAGUCCCCUCCUCUUUACAGAAGGCUGAGACGCCCUCAGUCCCUGGGUCACAGCUCUCUGCCCACAGGGGCUCUUCCAUCUGCCCCAGAGUUCAGAAAUGCUCUUCUCUCCAUCUCAGUCCUUAUCUCUUCCCCUCUCUCCCAUCUCCUGGCUGCAGAAGGAAGAACACAAAAGUAAACAUGUGACAAUUAUGCUGGCAAAAUACCUGUAUAUAGUAGCCCUUUCCUGUUUUUGCAUUAUGUUCUUCUCUCCUUAAUGUGGAAUUUUCCAGCAAAUUGUUUAACUCAGGUGUGAAUUUUGAAGAUGCCUCUGUAAUAUUUUAUCAUCUUUCAAAAAGAAAAAGAAAGGAAAAAAACCACCAAUGUGUGAAAUACUGUGCAAGCCUCCACAAGAGUUGCCCCAUCGGCUGGGAACCCUUGACUUCUCGGGGAACUUUCUCUCUAGUUCCCUUCUUUGUGGGCCAGUGUGUAGAGAUGUAACAUGAAGCCAUUCCAGAAAUGGUAACCUUUUUUUUAAAGACUGCACAUCCAAGAAAAUGUUGAGAUUCAAAGGAAUCUCUGUUCCUCAAUAAAUUUGUACAGUGAUGAUAUAAACUAUUCCACUCUUGAUAAGAAGAGGUUUAGAUUAUUAUUCUGUGUCUUUUGUUGCAGGGAUUGUGAAUGCAUAUAAUGAAAUGGGCAGAAGAAAAUGUUUGCAGUGGGUGCUUCAAGUCUUUUACUCCCCAAACUGAUGCUAAAAAAAUGACAUACAUUAAUACAGGCUCUAAUGAGCUCAGUUCUUAACUUUUUGACGAAACUACCUUGGGGGCAGGAUAGGUAAGAGAUUAGUUUCCUCUUUUUCUAAGUGGGAGAAUGGUAAAUGUUUAAGGUCAAGUCCUUUCCAGAUUUAAGAGGUGGAGUCUGAGGUGAAUAGUUCAUAUCUCAGAUAUCCUGAAGGUCAAUGAUUCCUUAUUCACAGUGGAAUGCAAUAGAUAUUUAAGGCAAAGGAUAAUUUAAUAAUCAAAUAUAUUUGGCUUUGGGAUGCACCGUGACUUCUGGUGAGUGGGUGUGGGGCAAGGAAGCCAUUCUUGUGGUUUUUCUUGGAUUAACAAAAAUUUAAAUAGUUACCAUCUGUGAGGUAAGCAUUGACCUGUGGGAAAGAGAGGCCCUUCAGAAAUGUUAUGGCUGAUAGGGAAAAGCUGGGAUUAAACAUUUAUUGCAAAUAGCAUCCACAUUGGAAACCUAUGCACAAAUUAUCAAGAUUGAACUGUUUCUGAUGUUUGAAUGGAGUUUAUAUUAAGACUAAAAUUUCAUGUUGUAAGUGGGACAAAGCUUAUUGCUAGUGGUUACUUUCUCAAGAGAAGAUCUAGUUGAAAGAUACUAGGUAUGCAACAAAGAGACAGCAAGAGGAACCUUCAACAGGAAUUGAAGGGACUACUCUGCCACCCGCGAGCCCAUCUGUGCAUAUCUAUGCCUACAUACACAUGCGUGUGUUCAUCCUCCUUAUAGAGUCAUGGAUGCCAGCACUGACCCUUUACUGAAGCAGUCUGAGCUUGACAUCUUGUUCAGGUGAGUGCUGAACACUGGUCUGCGCUAUCCAUGAUGAUGGUUUUCAUCCCUAUGACGUCUCAAAAAAUUUUUUAGAGCAGUUUUACAUUUACAACAAAGUUGAGAGGAAGGUACAGAGAUUCACCAUAUGCUCCCUACCCCACCCGCACACACCUCUCCCAUUGUCAACAUCAUUCACCAAAAAGUACUUUUUUUUUUUAUCAAGUAGAGGAAGGUGAUCUGUUUUUUUUUUAAUUAGAGUGUCAUUGAUACACAGUCUUAUGAUGGUUUCAUAUAAACAACACUGUGGUUUCAACAUUCACCCAUAUUAUCAAGUCCUUAUCC